UAUUGACUGCGUCAUUAGUGCGCGCCGUGGGAAACCUAGCUAGCCGCAUGGCUGCGGGUUGCUCAGUGGCUCCGAGGCCGAAGGCGGCCUCAGAAGGGCCGGCCGGCGUCUUGCCUUGCCUAGAAUUGCCUACCUACGCGGCUGCUUGUGCGCUUGUGAAUAGCCGCUACUCCUGCCUGGUGGCGGGGCCGCACCGAAGACACAUCGCUCUGUCGCCGCGCUAUCUUAACAAGAAACGCACCGGUAUUCGAGAACAGCUCAAUGCAGAGCUCCUGCGCUAUUCCGAGAGCCUUUUAGGUGUACCCAUUGCUUAUGAUAACAUCAAAGUAGUGGGUGAAUUAGGAGAUAUUUAUGAUGAUCAAGGACACAUUCAUCUUAACAUUGAAGCAGAUUUUGUUAUUUUCUGCCCUGAACCAGGGCAAAAACUUAUGGGUACAGUUAAUAAAGUGUCCUCGAGCCACAUUGGCUGCUUGGUCCAUAGGUGCUUCAAUGCCUCCAUCCCUAAACCUGAGCAGAUGCCAGCUGACCAGUGGCAGACCCUGCAGAUAAACGUGGGUGAUGAACUAGAAUUUGAAGUAUUUCGUUUAGACUCAGAUGCUGCUGGAGUAUUCUGCAUUCGGGGAAAACUAAGUAUCGCUAGUUUACAAACCAAGUGCUCUGCAGUUCCUGAGGAAGCACCAGAAACUGGCGCUGAUGAACCUGUCGAAAAACCUCCAAAGAAGAAAAAGAAAAAGAAGAAAGACCGAGAGGCCUGUGACGUGGAAGGCGGUACCACAGAGCUGGCAGAAUUUGCAGAAGUUACCAUGAAGGACGAGACAGACCUGCACGUUAGUAACAGUGUGAAUGGCCUCUGGGAGGAAGAGCCAAAGAAGAAGAAGAAGAAGAAGAAAAAGCACCAGGAACAUCAGGACCAAGAGCCUGUUUUCCAAGGCAGUGACUCCAGUGGUUAUCAAAGUGACCAUACAAAGAAGAAAAAGAAAAGAAAGAGUGAGGAGGCUGAGUUUACACCACUUGCGGAACGCGCACCUAAAAGAAAAGGGAGAAGUAAUUUUCUUUUGUGCGUUUUAAACAUGAUUUGGUUUUUUAAAGAUUUAUACACAGUAGAUGACGAAAGUUUAAGAAAUGUUUUGUAUUGCAGUAUUUUGCAUAACGGGGAAUGUUUUGAUUAGUUGAGUUUUUGGUACUAAAAUUAAUGUGGAAAAUACCAGUAUUAUUAAAGUGCUACUUACUGUAUACAGAAUAGAAAGGUAAGAACUGCCUUUAUUCUUCCAGUGGAUACGUUCUAAAUAAAAUGGUUUCCAUAGGCCUGAGACUAACAAAAGGACUUCUGUAAUACAGUGACAAUGUAUAUCAUACAGAACUAGUUUUGAGCUUGGGGGGUGGUGGUUACAGGUUUUAAAUUUAGGCAUAAUGUUACACGCCAUGCCAUUAGGCUGUGUUUAAAAUUUAAGUCAUUUACCCGUUUAGGUUUUUUGUUUGUUUUAAUUGUGGCCACUGCAGUAGUUUUGUUGUUUACCUUGGGAUGGUUUGUCAGAGGUAUUUCUCAAGUUUUCAGAGCUCUUUAGAAACUGCGCUCUUUAGAACCUAGCCCUCCCUGUGGAUCAUGAGUUAGGAAACAGUGCUGACUGUUCUUUCCUCCUCUGCAUGUGUGGUGUUUUCUUUUCUCUCUCAGUCUCAACCAUUCUGCUGCUGUUGUGUGUUGGAGGAAGAGUCUGAUGAAGACAGGAUAAAGGUGAUUCUGACUAGUGGGGAAUUUCCCUAUUUUUAGUAACUGAGUUAAGCUACUAGAAACUAUUAUGAAAACAGUUAUACACUGCUUUCCCUGAGAAAAUGUGGAAUAUGUCUUAACCAUUGGAAAACUCUGAAGAAUGAACUGACCAGCGAGUUCGGCCUGAUAAUCAAUGCAAGGUUGUGUUCGUUCAUUCAACAAAAUUCAGUGUAUUUGUGUUACACGUAGUAGACCGUCACUCAUAAUGGCAAACAAGGCAGAAAUGGUUCCCUCCCUCAUGGAGCGCCAUUGGAGAAACAGGUGAGCACAUAUGAUGCAAGUAAGAAGGACAGAGAAUGGCUAAUCCUGGAAAGUUCUAAAAAGGAAAGGAAGGUUCUCUUUCCCCACUGCCGUGAUGUAUGGCAGCCCGUCAGUUGCCAUUUAUCUCGUGUCAGAUGCAGUACUGCCCUUACUGUUCACUGUCUGCACCGACAGAAGAUGGAAUGGGAGAGUCGUUCACGCUGUGUGUCUGUAAACAGGUGUGCCAGCCAGUGGGAAGGGGUGAGCCGGUGUCCUCCUUACCAUUAAGGUCAUGUGGGUAUUUAGUCCUCACAAGGAAGCUAGUCCAAAUUGAGAUGAGGUGUCAGUAUAAAAUACACAUCAGACUUUGAAGAUGUACAAAGACAGAAUGCAAAAUACCUCAGUUUUGUAUAUUGAUGAGAUUAUACUAUUUUGGUAUAGUGGAGUAGAUACUAAAUUGGCUUUUUUGUUUUUUUUUUUUUUUUUUGCCUUUUAAUUUAAAAAUUGUAUCUGAGGCUUGUAUUAUCUUUGUUUUGUAGUGCACUGGUUUGAAGGAUGAGUUGAAAAAGAUUUAAAACAAUCCAAUCAUGUUCUCAGGGUUUAAUGUAGUGCCAUACCUAGAAAAUGUUUUUUGAAUGCUUCCUUAAAAUUUUUAAAUUUGAAUACAUAAUUAUAAUGUCUGACUUAAUAUUAAAAGUUAACGUUUAAAAUUCCUGAUGGUAAUGGCCAAGCAAGCUGUUAAAUUAAUGCUAUUCAUACCAAAAAAAUACAUCCUGGCUUACCAAAAUAAAUUCCCACAUAUUUUUACAUUUGUUAAGAAAAAAGUAUGCUGAACUUGAAACUGCAUUUACCCAUGGUUUCUCACAGUGAGAGCAGCAGAACUGGUCAUUUGCCUCCAACAGCGACAGUGACAGACUGUACCUGAUGCAGAAGCCGCUGAUUAUGGUCUCACCCGUAUAUCCUUCAAAACAUUUCUUACGUGCUACACCAAUCUAGGUUUUUCCUUUUCUGUCUUGGAAUUUGCUCAUUAAAACCCUCUAGCCUAACCUA